AAAACAGUCGACUACAGACAUCGACGCAGCCGAUCGCAAUACCCAUGUGCUUUACUUUUACUUCUUGUCGCGCUUCAAAGAACUCCAGCCAUCCACGGCACACUACGAUCAGCCUCGAGACAUCCCUCAACUGGUGUCUUCAUCGCUCCUGCGAAGUGCUCCUGCUACACGGUUUUCAAAAGUCCUUCUUCGCGUGUGAAGCCCCUAUGAACGCGGAUUGUCAUAUUACUAUAAACAUUUAUUCAACGUAAAAAAUGUAUUUUUUAGUUUACUAAAUCAACAGUGCCUGUAUAGUGGUAUUUUAUCCCACGUUAGGUGCCUAAUUGGUCGUGAAAUCAUUAGACAAAACAAUCGAAAAAGGUUUUAUUGUUGACGAUUGUGCAUAAUGGAAGUUUUGUGGUUAAAAGUGGGUUUUAUAUUGUGGUGUUUGUGUAAAUUCAUUUAAAUAUCUGUGCAUUUUUCCUGGUACUUUGAAAGGCGUUUACUAUGGACAAAAACGGCAAAAAUUGUAACAAAAUAUCUGGUUACCUAGAGAAGAAAGGAAAAAAGAAAAUGAUCUCGUCUUACAAGAAGUACUGGUUCGUUUUGGAAGGUGGACUUCUACUUUACUACCGAUCGAAAGACGACUACGAGAGUAUUUCACCUUGUAAAGGAUCCAUCAGCCUUGGGCCACCCUGUAUAGUUAAGCCAGGUUCCAAUCUUGUUGGAGUUUUUCAAAUACAAACUAGGACAGCAACUGUAACAUUGAGGGCAGAAAACUUAGAGGAACAAAACCGAUGGAUGCAAGCGAUCAUAGCCGAAAUGCAUCCCAAUAAAACCAGCAACAGAAUGAGCCACUUCAGGUACUCAAUGGAGAAUAUCCCACAAUCCAAAGAUCAAAUAAGAAACUCCACGCCUGAGUCAGAAUCUUCUCACAAUUCCAGCGAGGAUAUUAUCCACAGACUUCAAAAAAUGGGAGCUCAAUCAUACGGCAAUCCAAAAGAUACUUUGAGUAAAAUAGCUUCCCGGAAUAAAGAGAGAAAGGCACUAAAUUACGAAUCAGACGAAGAAGUAGAUUUAAGACCAAAAGCCGAAGAAUCAAAAUCGACAGAACAUAUUUACGAAAGAAUAUCAGGCGAAUAUUUAGACAAAUUAAACAAGAAGAAUAUUGUGAUUGACAACACGGAGAUAGAAAAUAUCGUACAGAAAGCAAUGACUUUGCCGAAUCAAGGAGUUAACACGUUAAGGAUAAAAUCGGAAGAAAAUAAAAGAAAAACUUAUAUUAUAGAAAAUGAUACGUACGCAAUAAGUAUACAACAAAAAGAAGUACCAAACACAAAUGAGAAAGAAAGCAAGAAAGACGAUAUCAAAAAUAAACGUUCUCUAUUUUCUGGUAAAUCGAGGCAAGUAGCUAAGUCUGUAGACACUGCAGAGCAAGACAUAAAAAAGAAAAAGAAGUUAAAACAUUCUAGAUCUUUUUUUAUGCACAGAAAGGAAUACAAUGAAGUCGAUUUUAUUGUGGAAAAUGACACAUAUGCGUCCGUUGAUAAAACAAACAAACAAAAACCAGAGGAUCUACCGAGAGACUUAAACGAAAAUGACGUAAAGAAUGAACUUUUAAAAACAGAAGAAGAAAAUGCCUAUUCCGUACCAUACCGAAACGACGAUAAUAAGACUGAUAAAGUAUACGAAGACAUCUAUGAAGAUAAUGUAGAAUACGCCGAACCCAGUGCGUUUCAAAACAAAGAAGAAAAGAGUAAAACGAAGAAGAAGAAAUCACGCGAAAAGAUGAAGGAAAACGCCGAUGAAGAGAAACCAAACAAGAAAGUCAAGAAGAGGCAAAGUUUUAUUAAAAGAGUGUGGAAGAAGAAAGAUAAACACAAAGACAAACAUGAGGAGAAGGUGGAAAAUAAAGUUGAAGAUAAAGUUGAAGAGGAGGAUGAGGAGGAAAUAUAUGAAACUGUACCUCCGACAGUAGUAGAAAAAGUAGCUGUUACGGAUAAUAAAACAGUUCAGAUGUUAUCGGAACUGCAGAAUAUAUUGGAACAUAAGAUGCCAAUUAUCAUAGAAAGAAUGUCGAAUGAAACGCAUUCACCAAAAUUACAAUCUCCAACAGGCAGUAUCUCUCCUACCAUAGCAGAAACACAAGAAAAUGUUAUACAAAGUAACGUAGAAAAUGUGACAGAACCACCUUGCCCGCUUUUACCACCGAAGGCUCAAAAACAAGAUGCGCUGUCACCUUUCCACGACGUCCCCACCAACAACAAACCAGUCGCAUUACCCCCAAAGAGAAGAAACACAGAACCUGUCAAAAGUUUAGACCAGAUCUUGGACGAACUCGACAACGAACAACAAGAGACAAACAAGAAAAACAAAGUUAAAAAACUGAUUAAGAAAUUCAGCGAACCUGAUUUUUACGACACUGAUGUUGUUUUAAGGACCCAAAAGAGCGGCAUCCAUAGGCCCGACAUACAUUCAGAUGAACUGAGUAGGUUGUUAGAAGAGUUAGUGAAGGUUACUAAUGCUCCUAUGCUGAUACCUGGAGUCACUUCUAGUCUUAAUGGAUCCACCUUGAGAGAUGAAGAGCUAUUAAAAUUGUUACCAGACAAACAAAGACGGUUUUCAGAACCGGAUUAUGAUAUUCCUCGGCCUCAUAAAUCACUAACGCUAGUGCCGAAGAAAGAAGAUGGAUCCGUGAAUGUUAUAGGCUCUACCAGAUUCUUCGGUCAUGUUUUAAAACCAUCUGGAGUCAUUAUAACAGAAAAAACAAACAAUUCAGGAAGCCUCUCGCAACUCAACAGUUAUGCUCCUGAUUCCUUAGAAGCUGAUAUAAACAAAAUAGCGUCGUUCCAUCUACAAUCUGGGAUGGAGAAACCUGUAUAUAUACCCAAAUACUACAAAUAUAUCGACAAAAAGUUAAUUGAACAACCUUCAUCUAUAAAAGAAGAUGUAAGUAGUCCACCUAUGCCCCCUCGAGAGGAAGAGGAUGAAGAUAUAGAAAAUCCUAUUUAUAUACCUAAAUAUUACAAAUAUAUUGAUAAAAGGUACAGCUCCAACCACAAAGACAACGAUAACAAUGACAAAAUCAAUAACAACUGCUCGCAGAUACCUGAAAAUACUACAGACUUUAUAAUAGAUAAUGAAAUCUAUGCAGAACCUAGGUCGCUUCCCAAAUUUCAAUUGGAGACUGAUAAACACGUUGAUUAUGAUCAAGAUGACGAAGUUUUUGUAGAUUCGUUAGAAGUUUGUAAAAACGAAGUGUCUACAGAAUUUUAAGAGGUCUACUCAACGUUUAAGGGGCUAUCCUAGUGUAAAAGUACGAAAUUCAUAUACAUUUUUGGGAAUUUCUAAAAUAAAAAGUACUAUACCAAUUGUUUUGAAAAUUUGCAUGAUCGUUUAUUAUAAAAAGAAGUACAUGUAAAACAAUUUUCACAAAAAAAUAUUGAAAAUUAAACGAUUUAUGCGCCAUCUACUGGCACCGUGAAAAUAAAAACAUAGCUCCACUGCUGCAGUGAUUGGGACUAAUAGAGAUCCUGAAACAUAAAAUUUCAAAGUUAUUAUUGAAACAUAAGUUAUUUUCUAUACCAUCAACUAGUGGUUUUUUGAUCGGAUAAAAAAUGACAAUUUGGCAAUUAUUGAAACUGAAAGUGUUUUAGCUAAUUAAAAAAAAAAUCAACAUUUUGUCAUUUUUCCAAAUUUUAAUAUUUUUCAAAAAUCUUAGUCAAUGGUAUAGGAAAUUACUUAUAUUUCAAUAAUCACUUUGAAAUUGUAUGUUUUAGGAUCUCUAUUAGUCCCAAUCACUGCAACAGUGGGGCCAUGUUUUUAUACUUUCACGGUGCCAGAAGAUGGCGCAUAAAUCGUUUAAUUUUUAAUAUUUUUUUAUGAAAAUUGUUUUACAUGCACUUCUUUUUAUUAUGAAUCAUCCUAUUAGAGGUAAAACUCACUAACUACACUUUUCAGAAAGUGGAGCAAAAUCGAUUUAAAGGUAGAUACAAAUUGUUUUUAAAUUCACAUGACUUGAAUAUUGGAAUUUUUUUAAUGCAACUUUAAAGAAUAAAUAAAAACAGAUAUUUUACGCCAUAUUUCGUCAGAGGAUCUAUGAUACAAUUAAUAUUAGAUUAAUUUUUGUACUUAAUGAAUUUUUCCAUGAACACAAUUAUUGGAUAUUGAUAUCCUAUUAGAGGUAAAAUUCACUAAAACUACACUUUGUACUUGAGUUUUUCCUUGAACACAAUUAUUGGAUAUUGAGAAGUUAAUGAAUUUGUCUCCAUAAAAUUUCGCUGACCUACAACAAACGAACUAUCAAAAAUAGCAGUCCAUUAUUUAAAAAGUUAACAUAAGUUUCGUUAUUCGAAAAUAAAUGAAAUUCUUUCAGAAUUUAUGACAGCCACAAAAGUCACCUGCUUAAUCGCAAAAUAGAUUAUGUUACCCUUUAUGUAAGCUAAGCUAUCACUGUUACAAAGAAAUUUAAACUCAUAUUUCUUUAAAAUGGCCGAACAGAUAAUACACACAAAUAUAAUGUACAGUUUCAACAAUACAAUGUAACAAACAAGUCGGCUGCUUAAUCACAAAAUAGAUUAUGUUAUUUAAUGUAUUGUUUGAAAGAUCACUAAGUACCGAUUCAGCAUUCCAGAUUGUAAGGAAAAAUUCAAGAAGUGCAAUAAUAAGUUUUAAUGAGUUUUACCCUGAAACCGAAAUUCACAAUAAUGCACUUAGUGAGUUGUACCAUAAAUUAUUUCAGCAAUUAGAAGGGUUAGAGCCCCAGGUGACUUCUCCAGGGCUGGGCAGUACCGUAUUGAGUUCAAAUUGAUGAAAAAUUAAAAAUCUCAAAAAAGGGCACUUAAUGAGUUUUACCUCUAAUAGAACGAAAUACUCAUGCAAAUUUACAAAACAAUUGGUAGGUAUAGUAUUUUUUAUUUUAAAAAUUCCCAAAAAAAGUAUAUGAUUUCGUACUUUUACACUAGGAUAGCCCCUUAAAAAGGACAACCAAAGCUGUGUUCACUUUUACCUUUUACAGUACGAAUUAAUUGUUAAUUGAUGUUAACUACGCAUUUGGAAACUAACGGAAUAUUUGACACUAAUUUGAUUCAUAAAUCUGGUACUGUAGUUCUAAGCGAAGGCUUUCGCCUUCUCAAGUUACUCAUUCUCUUCGGUUUUAAACUUUGAUUCUUAAAAGCACUUUGAUAUCAUCCAAUAUGUCGCUUUUGCCUUUAACAGUGCAACCAGAUGGGUUAGGUCUUGAGGAAAACUAUUAAUUCCGCACAAAUUAUUAUAGCCCAUACAGAAACUGUAAAAUGACGGAAAAAUAGGACGGGACACCAUUGACGCACUAAGUAACACAUCUUGAUUUUUUCAAGGUUUUAUUAUUUUGAAAAAAUAGGAUCUUCAACUGAUGCUUUUGUAAACUUGGACAAAACUUUUUAUUAUCGGAUUUGAAUUUACCAACUCAUUUUUAAACAAAAACUUAAUAGGUGGUCCGAUAAGUACUUAGCCUCGCCGCCCGAUGGCGCCUCUAUGUGCCCACACGCGGUCACUCUUGCUCACUCAGGACAAGAGCAACCAUGAAACAGAGCAGUAUUUGAGACUUCUUCUUCUUUAAGUUCCAUCUUCUAUUGAAGUUUGGAAUUCAUCAUGGCAAUGCGGACCCUGUUGACUGCCGCUCUAAAUAGCUCUGCACUACUGCAUUCGAACCAUUCCCUUAAGCUCUUAAGCCAGGAUGUUCUUCGUCUUCCCACAUUUCGCUUUCCUCGAAUUUUGCCUUGCAUAAUAAGUUGUAAUAAUGAGUAUUUUUGCCCUCUCAUCACAUGUCCCAAAUACUCAAGUUUGCGUCUUUUGAUGGUUAAUAUUAUUUCCGCUUUAUUUCCUAUCCUUCUAGUUACUUCUACGUUUGACAUUCUUUGCAUCCAUGAUAUUCGUAGGAUUCUUCUGUAACACCAAAAUUCAAAGGCGGCGAACUUAUUCAGAUGGACUUGUUUUAAUGUCCACGCUUCCAAGACAUAAAGAAGAGUAGAGAACAUGUAACACCGAAGCAUAUUUGAGGCUGCUGAAGCGUAAUCAGAAGAUGCUUCUACGUUGUUUCAUAAAUGUCAACGAAACAUGCAUCCACUGGUACAUACCAGAGACCAAGGAAUAGUCGAAACAGUGGACUUUAUCCCGCGAAUGUGAAGACUGUUCUAUCGACCGGAAAGGCGAUAGCCACCGUUUUCUAGGAUACACAAGGUGUAAUCUAUGUCGACUUCUUGUAAGAGGACAAAACGGUCACAGAGCUUUACUACACCAAAUUAUUGGGCCGAUUCGACGUCAAAUUGCAGAGAAACAACCCCAAUUGGCGAAAAAAAAAAGUGCUCUUCCACAAUGCCAACACAGCGGCUCACACCUCCGCCGUCGCCAUGGCCUUACUGGGCUACGAGCUGCUGUCUCAUCCACUAUAUUCUUCAUAUUUGACCCCGAAUGACUUCUUUUUGUUUCCAAGCUUGAAAAGGUCUGUACUGAACCCGCUAUAGUGUUCUAAAGUCCUACGUAAGAAAAGUCAAUUACCUUACAGCUACGGCUUCCGAAGUCUCAGCAAAUACACGAACCGGUUGACGUCCCCUGCGAUGAGACACCACCUUCAGUAUCCGUCACUGUGUCACUGCACCCGGGUCCCAGCUAGCCCGUCAUUUAUUAUUCCAAUUCUACACUCUCGACGACAACUUCCGACAUUGUUAGUACGGUAUUACGCGAAUUCGUAUUUUUCUCCGCGGAUCACUAUUGCAAAAAUUCGCACCCGAUCGCACUCUUUCCGCAAAGAAUUAACCCGUCACUUAAUAAUGCUCCUCAUUCGCUCGUCGCUCACACACACGCCAAGAAAAAAAUUCAAAUCGUCCUUCCUCGACAGUUGUCACAGCACACUGCCCCAAAAACCAAUAACGUUAAAAUAAUUCUUCGAAUCUGUUCCUGUCGUCUAUUAAAAGUUUUAACAUCGAAAAGAAAAAUAAACUCAUUGAUCUUUAUCACUAUUCUCAAAAGUGUACCGAAGGUAUUCCGGAAAGGUUUAUCAGACUCGACUCAGAUGGUUUAAAGAAGUUGGAGCAUCGCUUAUCCAGCUAAAACGAGACUAUGUUGAGCAAUAAAUCUCCUCUUUUCCAAAAUGUUCGUUUUUCUUUUAUAGGCUAAGUACCUACUUAUCAGACCGCCAUAGUAUUUCUGUAAUCUAUUUAUGUGUUUCUAAAGCAGCGUGCUCUAUAACAAUAGUGUUUAAUUGCCGCUUAUAUUUCUCUCAUAUUGAAAGAUUCUUAAAGAAUACUAGCAGAGUUCUUGCCGCAUUUGAUCUACAUCACCUUUGAAAAAAUAAUUGUACCAUUUUGCUCACAUUUCAAAGCAUAGUACUUGCAAUUUAGUUACCAAAGUACUUUAAUAUUAAUCCUACGAAUAUGGUAUCAAAGUAACUAAGAUUUUGUCCGACUCUCUUCUGAAGUCUUUUAACUUCUCAUUUUUUCAAAUAGAGGUCACAACAAGCGUACAGUUCACCAAACAUAGCUGAAAGUGUGAAAAUAACCACGCUCAUAAUGCGCAUUCGUCUUACGGCGGAACUCUCACUCGCACUGACGGUCCAGACCGUUUGUAUGUGCGUUCUCACUUCACUGUUCGCGCAGGCAAUGGGAAUUUCACACUUUCAGCUAUAUUUGGCAAACUGUACACUGGUACAUUAUUUGAUAAUAAUUUUCAAACUGGCAAGUCUUUUCGAGCCCCAAAAGGUUUUCUUCAUGAAGUUUUUCAUUACUUUUUGACAAUGUUCAUUUCUCUGAUGCAUAUACAAAGAUUGGUCUUUUCAGAAUACUUUUCCAUUACCUUGAUACCAUAUUCUUUUGAAGUCUACAAUACCAAAGAUAUUUAGUAUUUUUAGUUUGUGUUUUAUAUCUAUCUUUAUUAUGUAUUUAAAGUUUUCAAUAUACACAUAAUAAAAAAGUUGUAUGUA